AUGCGUAAAGUGGUUGCUGUUGAUGCAACAUUUCUGACGAGCCAAUAUAAGAGAGCAUUGAUUGUGGCAACCGCCCAAGAUGGUGAUCAUCACCAAUAUCCUUUAGUGUGGGGAGUGAUAGAUAGAGAGAAUGAUGCUUCAUGGUUGUGGUUUAUGACAAGAUUAAGCGAAGUAAUACCGGAUGAUCCUGAUGUAGUUGUGCUAUCUGAUCGACAUAAAAGCAUAAUCAAAGCUACGAGAGAAGUAUACAAGCAAGCGCAACACGACUUUUGUGUGAGGCACAUAGCGCAGAAUUUAAAAGUGCACGUUAAUAGAGGCAGUAGAAGAAAGAGUUCAAAUGUGGUCGAGUACAUGCAAAAGGAAGAACUUGCACCUGAGAAUUGGGCAAGGUGUAAAUUUAAGAGUGAAAGGUACAACAUGUUAACAACCAAUGGGGCCGAAUCGAUCAACUCCGUACUGAAGAAGGCAAAAAAGUAUCCAUUGCUAAGUCUACUUGAUAUUUGUCUCGGAAAGACAGUUGAAUGGUUUAACAAGCACAUGUUAGAAGCAGGUAGUUCUGAUGAAUCUCAAAAGUUAACACCAUUUGUUUACAAAGAGCUACAUGAACGUUACGAGAAGGCAUGUACAUUUGACGUUCAAGAACUGAACGGUGUUACUGGCGAGUUUGAGGUGAGGGAUGAAAAAGGUAGAAGACACUUGGUUAAUCUUGGAGAAAGAACAUGUGGUUGCAAAAUGUUUGAUGUGGAUAGGUAUCCUUGUAGUCAUGCAAUUGCAGCAGCACAUAUGAUCGGAAAAGGCGAUAUGAUAUACGAACUUUGUUCUGAAUACUACAGGCGAGAUACAUGGCGUAUGGCUUACCAAGAGACUGUGUACCCGGUUCCUGAUUGUUGUGAUUGGAAAUUGCCAUCUUCCAUUGCAGAUGUAGUGGUAUUGCCGCCUAUAGUGGAAGAAAAACGGGCAAGUGGAAGGCCUAAACAAAACCGAUUUCCUGGACCUGACUAA